AUGAAUAGUAAAACAAACUUAAGAUAAAUGAUAUCAAAAAGAACACCUCUAAAUGAAAGAGUGAAUAGAAACCCUUAUGAUUAGGAAGUUAAAUAUACUAAUAAAUCAUUCACUUCUGGUAAAAAAUAAUCAGCUAAUAAAAUAAACUCAAUCAUUAGUGACAUGCUAUCAAAACGUUAAAGUUCCUAGGAUAUAUAAAAUCCAAAAGCAUCUUUGAUCAGAUCUGAGACCAGUAAUCAAAAUGCAUCCUAGAGAUCUGUUUCACCUACUAGACUUUACUAAAUGCCUGAAUCCCUCAAAAAAAUAUACAAUUAAAUCCAUCAAAAAUGUGUUGAUUCGUCCAACUAAAAAUAUCCCAUUAAAUAAAAAUCAAAGUUUCUCAAGUAAAGAACAGAAGAAUCAAAGUUUUCAACUUAAUGCACUCCCACCUCAGAUUACACUGAAUAAUAUUUGAUCAAUUUAGUCAAUUAAGAAGAGUGUGUUUUUACCAUCCUAGCUGUUGUUACUAAACAAAGAAAAGUAGUAAAGUUAUGCUAAAACUUUUUGAAUGCCAUUCCUUAAUCCUAAGGAGAUUGCAAAGAUAUUAUUCAAUAGAAAAUCGUUUGUAAAUAAAUGUUAUUAGAGAGAAUGGGAAUCUUUGUAAUUAUGCUCUAAGCAUUAACAGAAAAUUAUGAGGAUGAAUUAUAACAUAUUAAGAAUCUGUUACUUUAUAUCCAUAGUGGCAUGGUCAUUUACUUAGAAUUUUUAAUUAAGCAAAAUCUAACAGAAGAUUAAAAGAACAUCUUAUAAAAUAGACUGAGUAAAAUAAAGUAUAAUAGAAGAUCUAAUAAAUCCAUUCAGGAUAUUACUUAAUUGAAGAAACAUGCAAAUGUUGUUCAUUCGUUGUUAAUCUUAUUCAUAGAAAAUUCUAGUGAUUUGAAGUGUGUAAGACUCGAGAAACUAUUGUAAAAUAUCGAUUAGAUUUCCUUAUAAUAAGGGACUAUGUUAAUCAAACAAUAAUUCGAUAAAGUCAUUUGUGAAAUCAACAAGAUGAGAUAAACUAUGGAUACAAAUGAAACUGAGAAAACUCUCGAAUAAGAAGAAAUAGAGAAACAUUUGGAACUUAAAAUACCUUACUUGCCAAAAUUCAAUGGUUAUACUUUAGUGAUUGAUUUGGAUGAAACUUUGGUUCAUUAUUAAGAAUUAGUUGAUGAUGGCUAAUUCUUAGUUAGACCAUAUGCUGAGUAAUUCUUAUUAGAGAUGAGCAAAUAUUACGAGAUAGUAAUAUUCACAGCAGCCUUACAGGAUUAUGCAGAUUUCAUUCUAGAUUUGAUUGAUAAAAACAACAUUAUUUCUCAUAGAUUGUACAGAUAGCACACUACAUUAAUAGAUGGAACACAUGUUAAAGAUUUGACAUUUGUUGGUAGAGAUUUAAACACUACUAUCAUAAUUGAUAAUAUGGCCGAGAAUUUCUAGCAUCAGCCAGAAAAUGGUAUUUGUAUCUAAAGCUGGUAUGGUGAUGAGGAAGAUAGGGCUUUAUAUUAAUUGGCUCCCAUUCUCUCUUAAAUAGUUAUUAAGAAAUGUAAGGAUAUUAGGAAUGCUCUGAGAUGUUUGAGGAAUCAAAUGCUGGAGAAUAUAGAAAAUGGAGUUGAGGAUCCUCAUUUGCAUUUAUCUUUGAAUUGA